GAAGAAAAUUAAUAGCUAACCUUUAACCUUUAGAUUUGUAUUACCAAUACGGACACAUAUACAUCAUAUCAAUUUUGAUAUUCUGCUUGGAACUUAACAACUGAAGAUGGCCUACGCUCCUCAGCCUACUCCUCCUAAUCAGCAGUUUCUCUGGGGUAUAUUUCAGAAAGUUGAUAAAGACAGGAGUGGUGCUAUCUCAUCUGAUGAACUGCAGCAAGCACUAUCAAAUGGUUCCUGGACUACGUUCAACCCAGAAACAGUUCGUUUGAUGAUAGGUAUGUUCGACAAGGACCGUACAGGCACUAUCAACUUUCAAGAGUUUGGUUCCUUGUGGAAGUAUGUGACAGACUGGCAAUCCACUUUCAGAAGUUAUGAUAAAGAUAACUCUGGGGCCAUUGAUAAGGUCGAGUUGAAAACAGCUCUGACUAACUUUGGGUACCGCCUUUCUGACCGGUUCUAUGACCUGCUUAUCAGGAAAUUCGACCGGAGCGGAAGAGGCAAUGUGGCUUUUGAUGAUUUCAUCCAAUGCUGUGCCGUUAUUCAGACCCUAACCAACUCAUUCAAGGCGUAUGACACUAACAGGAAUGGAUGGAUUUCUAUCAACUAUGAACAGUUUCUCACUUUGGUGUUCAGUCUCAAAGCAUGAACAAAUUAAUUAUAUAAAGUUAUUUUUAAAGGACAAUCUUAGAAUAGUUGCAUGAUCACUAUAAUUGUAUGUUUAGGACUGGCAAUGCUAUUUAAAGCAUCUGUACAUCUAGCUUUGAAAAGUCUAUUUCUUCAACGGAAA